UUUAUCUAAUUAUCUGAGACGGAUUUGAUGUGAUAACUCUUUUUAUCUGCCCUGAAUUGCGAUAUCAGAUCCACACCUUUUUGUUGGUCCCUCCAGGCGGAACAUACCCGGUCAUGGAUGUUGUUGACACCGUUCCUCGCUUCAUUGCAGGAGCCAUUUCUGGAGCUCUCACAGUUUUUGCUUUUGCUGGAGCUUUUACCGGAGCUGCUAUCGGUGCUUUGGCCGGUAGGGCUUCGGAUAGCGGCCUCCUUCGCGGGGCUGGAUUAGGUGCUAUAGCAGGGGCUGUAAUGUCUAUUGAGGUUUUGGAGGCUUCUCGUGCUUACUGGUGCUUGGAACAAACUGGUUCAAGGGGUUCAUCAUCUAUGGCAGAUUUCAUAGAGGAGCUUCUCCGGGAAAGAUUGGUCGACGAGUUAACCCCAGCUAUGUUAACUACCUACCAUUGGCAGGUAAGCCUUGCUAAUAUAAACUAUGAUGAGAUCCAUGGUAUCUAUGACAAAGUUGUAUCGAGGGGAUUGUCGGGAGAUUCACUGCUUAGACUACCAUGUCAUGUUAUGCUAAACGAAACCAAGGCACCUCAAAGCAUUGUAAAUUGCACGAUAUGUUUGCAAUAUUGUCAUUGGCAGGAUAUUAAACUAGGGGAAAUGGCGAGGAGUUUGCCCGAAUGCCAGCAUUCGUUUCACCUGGUAUGUGUAGAUAAGUGGCUUAUACGGCAGGGUUCAUGCCCUGUAUGUAGACGGUGUCUGUGAAUGUAUUAGAAUCAAGUUAUAGUGUACAUUAUGAGACCCAAACCUAUA